AUGGAAGCUUCCUGGCGCCAGGUGGCCGGUGGCCGAGGCCGGGCCCGAGGCCGGGGCUCCCCAGCGCCCUCCGGAGGAAAUGGAGUCCCUCUGCGCGGCGCGGGAGGAGGGCGAGAGAAGGGCCCGGCGAGCUUAUGUCUCGGAGAAAAUUCGAGGAAAUCAAGAAGGCUAAUCAAGCUGCAGCCAAGAAGCUGGUGGAAGAGCACGGCAGCUCCUCCUCCGACGAAGAGGGCGAUGAGGACUCUGAAGGGAAACGGGGGCGGAUAGUCGCUAACACGUUUGUAACCUACACUACUCAGGCAGACGGAGACAUGCGCGAGCUGGAGCGGACCAAGCAGUAUGUCAACGAAGCCUUCCAGGCGGGGGCCAUGACCUGCCUCAUCUGUAUCGCGUCUGUGAAGAGGAGCCAAGCUGUCUGGAGCUGCUCGGGGUGCUUCUGCAUCUUCCACAUGCCCUGCAUCCAGAAGUGGGCCAAGGACAGCCAGUUCCUCGUGUCUUCUGUGACGGACGAUGAUUUUGGGAAGAAAGAGUAUCCUUGGCCUUGCCCAAAAUGUCGGUUUGAGUACAAGCGGUCAGAGACGCCUAGUCGGUACUACUGCUAUUGUGGGAAGGUGGAGAACCCGCCCUUCGACCCCUGGCUCGUGCCUCACUCGUGUGGCCAGGUGUGUGAGAGGGAGUGUAACCCCCCCUGUGGCCACAAGUGCCUGCUCCUCUGUCACCCAGGCCCCUGCCCUCCUUGCCCAAAGAUGGUCACCACGACUUGUUACUGUGGGAAGGCGAAGCCCGUCCCGCGUCGGUGCAGCACCAAGGAGUGGUCCUGCCAGCUGCCGUGCGGGCGGAAGCUACUGUGUGGACAGCACAAGUGCGAAGACCCUUGUCACGCAGGAAGUUGUCGGCCGUGCCCGAGAGUUAGUAGACAGAAGUGCGUCUGUGGCAGGAACGUGGCAGAAAGGAACUGUGCCAGUCCGCUGUGGCACUGCGGCCACGUGUGCGGGAAGACACUGCCGUGUGGCCACCACACGUGCGAGCAAGUGUGCCACGUGGGCGAUUGCGGUGGCUGUCCUCGCUCUGGGAGACGGUCCUGUCCCUGUCAGAAAUCAAAGUUUUCUUUGCCGUGUACGGAAGAUGUACCGACCUGUGGAGACAGCUGUGACAAAGUGCUCGAAUGUGGAAUCCAUAGAUGUUCACAGCGCUGUCACCGAGGCCCUUGUGAAACAUGCAGACAGGAAGUGGAAAAGCAGUGUCGCUGUGGGAAGCACACAAAGCGGAUGCCGUGCCAUAAGCCGUACCUGUGCGAGACCAAGUGCGUGCAGAUGCGCGACUGCCAGAAGCACCAGGGGCGGGCCAGGUGUUGCCCUGGAAACUGCCCACCUUGUGAUCAAAACUGUGGACGGACUUUGGGGUGUAGAAACCAUAAGUGUCCAUCCAUCUGCCACAGAGGCAGUUGCUAUCCCUGCCCAGAAACGGUGGAUGUGAAGUGUAACUGCGGCCACACGAAGGUGACUGUCCCCUGUGGCCGCGAACGCACCACGAGGCCGCCCAAGUGCAGAGAGCCGUGCAGUCGGCCACCAAGUUGUCAUCACACAAGUCAAGAAAAACACCGCUGUCACUUCGGCUCUUGUCCACCGUGUCAUCAGCCUUGCCAAAAAGUCCUGGGGAAAUGUGGUCACCUGUGUCCUGCGCCAUGUCACGAUCGCGCGUUGGUGAAGCAGACCGGCCGGUGCCAGCCGACAGGCCCCUGGGAACAGCCUUCUGAGCCAGCAUUUAUUCAGACUGAGUUACCUUGUCCCCCAUGCCAAGUUCCUACUCCCAUGGAAUGUCUUGGGAAGCACGAGGUGAGCCCGCUGCCGUGCCACGCCGCCCGGCCCUACUCCUGCAGGAGGGCUUGCGGACGCACCUUGGGCUGCCAGAACCACACGUGCAUGAAGGAGUGCCACAGGGUAACCGAGGCCGACGGCGAUGCGGGCAGGAACAAGGCCGGCCCAGAAUGCCUUCGCUGUGAAGAAGGGUGCUCCAAACCACGGCCGCUGGGCUGUCCUCACCCGUGUGUCCUGCCCUGUCACCCUGGGGAAUGCCCCCCUUGCGUGCAGAUGCUCAGAAUCAAGUGUCACUGCAAGAUCACGAGUCUCUACGUGGAAUGCAGGAAAAUAACCACAGCUGAUGUAAAUGAAAAGAACCUUCUCAGUUGUUGUAAAAAUCAGUGCCCCAAAGAGGUAACCUUUCACAGAACCUUUCGAGAUGUGUUUUCUGGGCAUCGAAUCUGUCAGAUUAUCCUCAUUUUGGUUGAGUCAUCUUAUUUUAGGUUUUCCUGCUGGCUCUACUCAGGACAGAAGGCGGUCGCCGUGUCCAUCCAGACACCCGAGUGGGCCAAUGCGCCGGGUAGGUCGGUGCCACUCCGUGGGAGAGUGCGGAUCGCGGACAUCCCGUCGUCCCCGACCCUCUGUGGGCAGCGCUGCCCUGCACGGUGUCCUGUGGAGCUUGUAAAGGACAAACAUCCGGGAGCAGGAUAUUUAAUUGCAGCCCUGUCAUCGGCUGUGACUGAGUGUGGCCGUUCAGUGAUCCCUAGCACCCCACACUGGGAGACAAGUUUGCUGUCCCUGGCACGCAGUGAGGGCUUUGCAGGAGAGAGAACUUACACUGGGCGUCUGGAUUCCCUGCAGGAGCUGCAGUGCCACAGAGCACGCGAGAACCAAGUCUCGGUGGACUGCGACGCCACGUGCAAGGAGCUGAAGCGGAAGGCGUCCGAGAUAAAAGAAGCAGAAGCCAAAGCUGCCGCUGAAGAGGAAAAACGAAGACAACAGGCUGAACUGGAGGCUUUUGAAAACAGGCUGAAGGGUCGUCGGAAGAAGAACAGGAAAAGAGACGAAGUGGCCGUCGAACUGUCGCGAUGGCAGAGAUACAGAUAUUACCUCCUUCCGGUGUGCGGGGCUGCGCUCGCAGUGUUCGCGUGGUACCUUGUCCGUGACGUGGAAUAAGCCGAGUUUUCACCUGUUACUAUACCUCAGCCGGGGUUUAGUGCGUUGUCGAAUUUGGAAUAUUAAAACGUGUGUCACAGCCCGUCACGUGCAUGCCCGUUCCUCUCUGUCCCCUCCAGCUCGGGUUAGGAGGACGGAAUGUAAGCCUCGCCGUAGUUAGCGCUCCAGAAAGGGCAGGGCGACCUGUGGGCGGAAGCGUGGCGGGUGGGACCGUGCUCCGUAAGGCUCAGCCGGGGGCGGGCGAUGCGCGAGUGCUCCGUCGUCCUUUCCUGUGUUAGCUUAGUGGUUUCACUUACCAUCUCAGACCAACCUUUGCUUUUUCUUAAGUAAAAUUUUAAUGAAACUGAGCCAUAUAUGCAGCGAGAGGACUGUUUCUUAAUGUUUUGGUUACUUAUUAAAAGGUACUUUUCUUAAUCAUGUAAGCUUGUACUUUUAAAAAAAAAAGAAAUUCUCUAAGAGACCUU